AUGGAUAAAAGUUGGAUUGCCCUAGGUAGGACGAUUGAUGGAAGGAUGAGUAAACCAUAUAAUGAUGGGGUCAAGUUAUUUCGUCAAUUUGCAAUGGGGGUUUUAGACCAGAAUGGUAAUAAUUUGUGCCCGUGUAUAAAGUGUGUGAAUUUUUAUAGACAAAAUCUUCAAAAUGUGGAAAUUCGUUUGCUCCAAUAUGGGAUUAUGCAAACUUACACUAUAUGGCACCAGCACGGGGAACCCCGUGUUUCAAACGAGGUGUAUCAUGAUGAUGAAAUGCAACUUGAUGGCGAUGAAAUUUUAGGUGGUAUUGAAGCUGUAGUGGAAGAUCGAAUAAAAGGGGAAUCAACUGUUACAACCCAAGGGAAGGAAGUGAGAACUUUUGAUCAGUUGUUGACUGAUGCCAAGCGUGAAGUGUUCCCGAAUUGUACAAAUUAUACUUUGUUGAAGUUUGUGACCGGGGUGCUUAAUAUGAAGGUAACAAAUUAUUGGAGCAAUAAGUCAGUUAACAUGAUGCUAAAGUUUUUAAGUAGACUUUUACCGAAAGAAAAUUUGGUUCCAAAGUUAACUUAUGAAGCUAAGAAAAUACUACGUGACUUGGGCUUGUCAUAUGAGCUCAUUAAUGCUUGCAUAAAUGAUUGUGUAUUAUUUUGGAAGGAGAAUGCAACACUAGAUAAAUGUCCAACUUGUAAGACAUCUAGAUACAAGAUUAAUCAUGGAAGGGGUAACAAGAUCCCCCAUAAAGUAUUACGAUACUUUCCUUUGACACCAAGGUUGAAAAGAUUGUACAUGUCAAGGAAGAGGGCAGAGGACAUGAGAUGGUACAAAGACAAACGAAUGGACGACAAGAUAUUGAGGCGUCCCACGGACAGUGAUAAGUGGAAGGAAUUCGAUGCACAACAUCCCGAGUUUGCCUUGGAGCCUUGA